GCGGUUUCGCAGCGGUGGCAUGGACGUGGGCGUGCAUCGGCGGCGCCGACCGUCGCCCACGAAGCGCCUCCGCGCCAGGCUGCCACCUGUCGCGUCCAACAACCAUCCAUGCCUGGACGACGCUCCACCCGACGACGACGGCGACGAGGUCCAAAUUACGCCCAUUGUCGUGCAGCUGGAGCCGCUGCCCGUCUACCACAACCUGCUCACCUACCCGUUGCUCGUCCGUGCGCACACGCGAGCCAUGCACGACGCUGGCUUUGUGCAGCGCAGUAUCGAGCGGUGGCAAACCCGGGCGACGCGGCCAGAAGACGCAAUCGUCGCGCGUGCGGCCGUGCGCGGGUCGGCGGCGACUGCGAUCCAGUCCAUCUGGCGCACGCACGUCGCUGUCCACGCCAAGCGCGACCGAGUAGAGGCGCUUCUGACGCUGCAGACGACACGAGCGAAUUGGGUCCAGCGGCACCGCCCGUCGCUUCUGCGCCAGCUCCAGGCGCUGCACGCCAACGUCCGUCUCUGCGACCGCAAGGUCGUCGCGCCGUUUGGGCUCCUCUCGGCCUACUACGUGCUGCCUGUUUGGCUGCUGCAAUGGCAACUGCACUUUCAUACGGGCCGCCGCCGCGGCCAGUUUCUCCGGCGCCCCGUCCAGCUCACGCGCUUUGUCACGUUUGCCGUCGACGCGACGACGCACCUGGUCCAUGUACUCUGGCGCCAACUGACACAUAUCGCAGUCCUAGUCCUUCAGUGCGCACAGCGCAGCCGCUGGGCGCGCGACCGAGCGGCGUACCAGCGGCGCGUGCGUGCGAGGCAUCAAGCCGCGACCUGUCUUCAGUGCGCCUGGCGUCAAUGGGCAGCCCGCAACGAAGCGCGGCGUCGGCGACGCUAUGUUGCCGCCCGUCGUGUGCAGUGCGCGUGGCGGUGCGCCGCGGCCCGUCGCUGCGCGGCCCGCUUGCUCUUCAACCGCACGAGCCGUCUCUUUAUUGCUGCACUCUUUCCGGUCGUCUUGGCGUCCGCAGCACAAAAGCUCCUCCACGCCGCCGCCGCCCGUAUCCAGCGAGUGCAACGGGGCCGAGCGGCCCGGAGUGCGUUCCGACAGAUCGCGCUGCAAAAUGCCGUCGCGCGGUGGGCCCAAGACCCCGACCGGGGCCAUUCUUUGUACGCGAUGCAGUGCUACUUUGACGCAGCACUCGUCUUUGAACAAUGCUUCUUGAGCGGGCACCCCGGGUCGCCGCGCUUUUACACCGAGUGGGCGACAUCGCACUUUUACGUCUACGAAGCCACGGGCGACGUGUUCAACUUGGACCGCGCGAUUCUUGCGUUCGAGCAGCUUAUGCCGUCCGAGACGGACGCGAAUGGCUUUACGUGGUGCUGCUACUGCAUGCACGUGCAAGCGCGGUUCUUCCGCCACGAGUUUGAGAAAGCACUGGCGCUCGGUGUCGACUGCCUGGAACGAGCGCCAGUGACUCUCGAGAAGGACUGGCGCGCAAGUGUGCUCUUUGUGUGCGCCAUGGUAGCGCUCGAAGGAAAGGCGCUCGAGCGCUGUGCAAUGUACCUCGAGACAGCCCUUGCCUUGCUACCGUUGACAACCUGCCCGGAGCUCAGUCUCCGCUUCACGUUAUCCCAAGUGUACAGCCUCCUCGCCGAUGCGCGCGCCGUCGAAAUUUCAACGGAAGAAGCCGAGCGAGCAAAGCUGGCAGAGAAAGCAGCACGCGAGAAGUCACCAUCGACGGAUGAUGCUGUUGCGACACCCGAUACGCUCACGGUGGACGCCGUCGGCGUAGAGGAAUCGGCUGCACCGACACCGGCAGAAGGCACGGACAACCCCCACGACUCCAAGACUACGAAGGAUGCAGCCGAAAUGACAAACGUCGGUGACUCUACCGAAAUGACUGAAGUCGACGACGCAGCGUCUCCGGAAGCAACCCGCCCGGCCUCUCCACAAGUGAAUGGGGGCGGUGCCACGACCGCGAUGAACACGACACCAGAAGGAACCAGUAGACGCUUGGAGCCCCCGAUCGAUGCGCCACUCGUCAAUCCGUGGCCAGCCAAGGCAGCGCAUGAGCUCGCAACCUGCUUUGCCAUCACCGAGCUCCGCAUGGGCCAAGGCGUCUACCAUGGCGUGCUCUCGGACGCCGCCGCCGAGGUGCUUCUUCAUGCGACGCCACCCGGCACGUUUCUCGUGUACCGGAAGAAAACGGCAUCGCGCUACCUGUACGUCAAAGUCAAGUGGCCCGACGAGACGUUCACGAGCAUGAAGAUUCAGUUUCUUGCGGGCGCUUAUAGCCACGCACAAGUGUCGGUCGCCACCGACGCCAGUCUCGUAGGCUUUCUCCAGCAGCUACCGGCAGCGGCCGGCAUUGACGUGACCAAGGGACUGCGCAAGGCGGGCCCCCACCCCAUUUUUGGCCCCCUCUUCUCCUCUAGCACCGAAUGGGUGGCCUCCAACCAACCUUGGCUUGAGGUCGCGCACUCGUGGGACCUCCAGUCCGCCUACGUUUUGUCGGCGUUUGUGGCGGCCCGCGCCCCGAGCUACCGUCGGCACGUGGCCCUGGAGAUACCGAAAGCGAUUCCCAAAACCGGAUGGCACCUUCCGGCCCGCAAAUCGAGCUUGGUGCUGCGCGACGAGGCCGAGACCGCGGAUGCAUAUCUCCUCUUGGCCAAGGCAGCCCGUGGCCUUCAGCGCAAGAUGGACAGCCUCGUGCUCGUGCAACAAGCCGCGCAUUUGGACCCGCGCCACGAGUGCAUUCGUCGAUCGUACGUCUCGCAGAUCAGUGCCGUCUUUGAGCCAGCGCUCAAGAAGCUCCAGAAACUUGACCGGUUCGUGGGCUACGCGCUAAACUGCGAUACGUAUGCGGUCACAUCGCGCGGCGAUCCGGGCCGUGAAGUACUCCUCCUUGAGGCAUUGGACCGCGAGUGGUUUGGACCGAGCGCGCCACCAACGUUCUUGCGACGCCUCUUGCGCGCCCAUGUCCGCGCCUAUGCCAUCGGACCAUUUGACGCCGUGCACUUGGAGCUCGCGAUCCGGGCCGCCGACCGCCUCCACAAUGCGCUGUGCCCGGCACGACCCGGUGGGUCACUGCCUCGUGUCCGCGUCUUCGGUCCGUCCGUGCCGUCGAAAAAACUCAAAUCCAAAUCAAACGCCAAGAUGAAACUCAAAGCAUCCCAAAUGACCACCGUAACAAUGCCUCUUGCGCACCUGUUCGAAGUCGCCGAGGUCAUCUACCGCGUGCGGCGUCUCCCUGCCGCGAUCGACCAUCUGCGACUCGUCGUACAGCGGCUGCGCGCACUACCCCCGAACCCAAUGCAUUUGCACAUGAUGCAGAUGACCCAGAUUCGACUGGCCUUUCUUUAUCAACAGAUACACCGCAUGGACUUGGCCAUCGAAGCCAUCAAUCACGUUCAAGUCCUUAGCGCCAAAGUAGGUACGCGGCCGCCACCGCUGCUGUGGCCGUCCCGCAUGUCGUACCAUCUCUCACCGGAAGAAGCCCAGUUUCUACGAGGCAUGCUGCGAGAGCUCGCGCACGAAGACGGUGCGCACAUCGACUAUGCUCCAUUGCACAGCAGCCUCAUUGAGCGCGUCAAGCGGUCGCUUUUGGACGAGCAGCGGCUCCGGGCGACCGCCGAGUACCGCGGCAGCCAUCUCCAAAGUCUAAUCGUCACAGUGGGCGAGAGCUUGCAUCUGCCCAUCGCGUCGAUCCUACACGCCCACUUGCGCGUCGUUAUCAAGUGCGAGGGGGUGGUUGCUGUGACCGAAGAGAGUCCGAGCUGGGAGAGCCUCGAGCCCAACUGGGAGCACCAGCAAGUCCGGCUUCGCGUGCGGUCGCGCCACGCCACAGCGCUGGUGCGAGUCCUGAGCCGCCACAUGGGCCGCGACACCUGCCUUGGCCUCGUCGCCGUCCCGAUUGAAUCGCUUUUGGAAAACGGGGGCUUGCCGCCGACGGCCAUGACGCUGCGUGUACCUGCGUCCGUGACGCUCCGACGUCCGAAUCUGUACCCGACGCUCGUGCUCGGGUUUCAGCUCACGACGCUUGCACCGACGCGGACGGCCGAGGCCGACGAAGCACGCUUGUUGCCGUUCUCACUGCCCGACUUUUUGAAUUUGCCGUUUGUGUGGGAGCGAUUUGCGCAUCGGUUUGUCUCGAAUGGCGACAGCUUUCUCGCGCGGCCGUUCCUGCUGCAAGCGCUGCGCCGGCACACGCCCCCGUACUCUCUCCAGACGAUCCGGUGCAUGCUAUCGCUUGCACGCUGCGAAAUGGACUGCAAGGCGAAUCCGUCGGCGCUCGAGUGGCUUCAGAAAGCACACGCAGCGCUCGUGGUGCUGCCCCAGCGCGACGGCGCCCUCGAAGACAGCGCCAUUGCGCUCAUGACGCAGUGUCUCUCGCCCGACUCGCUGUUCCGCAAGCAGCUUCUCACGGCACAAGAGCACCCGAUCUGCCACGAGUAUGUCCGCAUGCGCUACAGCGACGGCGACUACUACGUCGACAAGGCGACGGGCGAGUGUCUCACCGAGGCGCCGCUCGGGUUUGAAGCCAAUCCGCCUGCAAAGCCCCGCCUACAGCGUAUGGUGCUGUUUGCGCCGGCAAUGAAGCAGCGCAUCGCGGGACUUCGCCGCGAGAUGCUCGCGCGCGCCGCCGCCGACCCGGAUCAAUGGAGCGCGAUCUUUGACGAGACGCACGGACGCAUGUUUUACAUUAGCGCCGUCCACGCUCUCCAGACGUUCAAGCGGCCGUCAGCCUACGUCAUGGUCGCGGACGAGCACACCGUGUACAGUGUCUUGCUCAUCCAAGACUUGUUUCGGCUUCGCCGCCUCCGCGCCCGCGUCCGCCGUCUCUUGCGUCGCGCAAUUCGAGUGGUGCGCAUCGUCGUGUACAUGGUGACGGCCGAGAAAGCACGGGCCGAGGCGAGACGCAUUCGGGCCACAAAAGUGCCACUCAACUGCAUCAAGGUCAUGAUCGAGUACGCCGAGGACCUGCGCGCGGCGGAUCGCGUCUCGAGCGACCCGUUCGUGACGCUCGACAUCACCACCAACGGCAACGGGCCUCGUCCUCGGUCGCGUCAGACGUCAGUGCAGCCCUCGACGCUGACGCCGAUCUGGAACGAACUCUUCCACAUACCGUACGCAUGGCUCCAGCACGAAGUCGACCCGCCGCGAAAGCGGCCAACCCAUGCCAAGACCGCCGAAGACGAGGAAGCGGACGACAAGGACGAGGACGAUGACGAUGACGCACCAGGUGACAUUGACAUGGACCGCGUCACGAAGGCACUUGCCAUCAAUUUGGUCGAAAACGACGCAAGCCUCCACGACGAUAUCGACGACGAACGGUCGCUCGUGCUUACCGUGUGGGACUUUGAUGCCCCGGUGUAUCGGACACGUGCGGCGUCGCGCGAGUUUCUCGGUCUCGCUGUCGUGCCCCUUGACGCGCUCGACCACGGAAUGCCGAUUUCCGCCGAGCUCACGCUCCGAGACGAAGACGGGUACCUCUCGCCGCGACCCCGGGGCACGCUCAACAUGACAGUGCAGUGGAUUGCAUACUGCUUUCCACGCUCGCUUCGGUCUGUGAUGCUGGCGACGUGGGCCAUCGCGCGCCUUUCCCGCUUACUCGCCAUCACGUACGCGAAGCGCGUUGUCGUCGCCAAGCCCAAACCGCCUCUCUCGGACGAGCUCCAAAUGCUCUUGGAGCUUGUCGACUCGACGUUUCACACGGCGCUCCUCAAGCUUGCCGAUGUGAUCGUCAUGGCGGACCAGCUCCAGCGGCUCAAGCACCGCCUCUCGGACGCACGGAAAGGCCAAACGACCGCAGACGAAGAGAAGCACAUUGAGCUGCGUCUCCAAGCGGUCAUGCGCGACCAGUUUGGUCCAAAGCAGCGCAAGCUGCUCGACACCAAAGCCGACCUCGCCAACUGUCUCAAGAGCUUUGCCAAACUCACGUCGGGCACGAUUGCCGAGUACAUUGCCAGUGUCGACGCCACUUCGAGCAUCGCCGAGCGCGUUGGGCUUUGGCUCAAUGAGCUUGGGCUCUAUGACGCCAAGCACGCUCGGCUGUCGUCGUGGCAAGCGACGCAGGACGAGACGGCACCGCAACCCAUCACGUUUGACGCCAUCAUGACCUUUGUGCUCGAUGAGAAGCACACCUUUGUGGUCUGGGAGGCCGCGGUGAAAGGCCUUGUUGCCGAAGCCUUCACGGGCGGCAGCUGGUCCUUUGAUAUGACCAAGGAGCUUGCUGUGUGUCGCAAGAUUGAAGACACGCUCCUCGCGACGAACGGCGAGGCGCGUGGGCCUGACGACGUGUCCUCGUCUGCGGGCCCGGCGCAGCGGGAGAAGCUCGACGCGCGCAAGGCCAAACGACUGCAAAAGCUUUCGAAAAAGGCCAAGUCGCGCCAGUAGCUGCAUACUACAAUCUCGCAGUAUAGAACGAGGUUUCUAAUCUGAGUUGAAGUUACAAGUUGCUCUGCGGCGU